AAAAUCAGCGAGCCCCGCAACAGUAAAAAACAGAAACGAAGCCCUUAUUCACUCACAACAGCAGAGACGCAAACAAACCAAGCCAGGAAAACUCGUCUCUUAAAUUAUAAAAAAAAAUGCGAAAACGACCGGAAACUUCUCGCUCUUCGAACUCACAGCAACGACCGCCCAAACAACCACCAUAUGCGAAUAGCACAACCAAUCUGAGUUCAUCAAUGAAAUCAAUACGGUCAGGAUCUGUAUGGAUAAUCUUAUCCGCAGUCAUAAUUUACUCGUGUUAUUCCGUUCACUAUUACCAGUUCGAAAAUCUGCCUUCACCUUUAACCGCUGAACAAGCCGGUAAAAGAGGUUUCUCUGAAAUCCAAGCCAUCAAACACGUCAAAGCAUUGACAGAUUUCGGUCCUCAUCCCGUCGGCUCUGAUUCUCUCGACCUCGCUUUGCAGUAUGUUUUGGCGGAAGUGGAGAAUAUAAAGAAAAACGCGUACUAUGAAGUGGAUGUUGAGGUGGAUUUUUUUCACGCGAAAACCGGAGCGAAUCGGUUAACUAGUGGAUUAUUUAGGGGCAAAACUCUUGUUUAUGCCGAUCUUAAACAUGUUGUUUUAAGAAUUUUGCCCAAAUUUACUCCAAAUCAAGCUGCUGAUAAUACUAUUCUUGUGUCUUCUCACAUUGAUACCGUUUUCUCCACGGGAGGGGCUGGAGAUUGCAGUUCAUGUGUAGCUGUGAUGUUGGAACUUGCUCGAGGGAUUUCGCAGUGGGCGCAUGGGUUUAAAAAUGGUGUGAUAUUUUUGUUUAAUACUGGGGAAGAGGAGGGUUUGAGCGGGGCUCAUAGCUUUAUCACUCAGCAUCCAUGGAGUAAGACUAUUCGUUUGGCUGUUGAUUUGGAGGCUAUGGGUGUAGGAGGAAAGUCUGGCAUAUUUCAGGCCGGACCUCAUCCAUGGGCCAUUGAAAACUUUGCGUCGGCAGCGAAAUACCCAUCUGGGAAUAUCAUAGCGCAGGAUCUGUUUUCUGCUGGAGUCAUCAAAUCUGCGACAGAUUUCCAAGUAUACAAAGAGGUUGCUGGUCUUUCAGGGCUUGACUUUGCUUUCACGGAUAAUGGUGCAGUUUAUCACACUAAGAAUGACAAAUUAGAUCUCUUGAAGUCUGGAUCUCUCCAGCAUCUUGGAGAAAAUAUGCUUGCUUUUCUGCUUCGGAUUGCUUCAUCCCCUCAUCUUCCAAAAAGCAAGGACAUGGACAAAGAGCUAAAAACUGGCCAUGACACUGCUAUAUUUUUUGAUAUUUUGGGGACAUAUAUGAUUGUGUACAGUCAACGUUUUGCAAGCAUGCUUCAUAACUCAGUGAUACUGCAAUCACUUCUAAUAUGGGCGGCGUCAUUGUUUAUGGGUGGUUCUUCAGCGACCAUUUCAUUGGGCUUGUCAUGCUUGAGUGCUAUCCUGAUGUUGUUAUUUUCAAUAAGUUUCUCUGUUUUUGCGGCCUUCAUUGUACCGCAAAUAUCUCCAUCACCAGUGCCCUAUGUUGCAAACCCAUUGCUGGUGCUUGGGCUAUUUGCUGCACCUGCACUCCUUGGGGCUUUGACGGGUCAACAUUUGGGUUAUCUUAUUCUGAAGAAGUAUUUAUUGAAUGUCUACUCCAAGAAAAAGCAGCUUUCAUCUGUUAUCAUAGCUGAUUUGGUAAAGUUAGAGGCUGAAAGGUGGCUAUAUAAAGCUGGUUUUGUUCAGUGGCUUGUUCUUCUGAUCAUAGGAAACUAUUAUAAAAUCGGAUCAUCGUACCUAGCAGUCUUUUGGCUUGUUCCACCAGCAUUUGCAUAUGGUUUGCUUGAAGCAACUCUGACACCAGCUCGGCUACCUAAGCCACUCAAACUUGCAACCCUCAUGAUGGGCUUGGCAGUACCAAUCCUGAUUUCUUCUGGAACUUUCAUUCGCUUCGCUGGAACAAUUAUCGGAAUGGCAGUUCGAUUCGACAGGAAUCCUGGCGGCACACCAGAAUGGCUGUGGAAUAUAAUAAUUUCCAUUUUCAUUGCUGUUUGCAUAUGCCUGACUUUUAUUUAUGUACUUUCAUAUGUUCAUCUUUCAGGUGCAAAAAGGUCAAUCAUUCUUGCAACCAGCAUCCUGUUUGGCCUCUCACUUAUUUUAGUAUUAUCUGGUUUCAUUCAACCUUUUACAGAAGACACUGCCAGAGCUGUAAAUGUCGUGCAUGUUGUCGAUGCUUCAGGAAGAUAUGGUGAAAAGCAAGAUCCUCUCUCUUAUAUAUCUCUAUUUUCAAACACCCCUGGAAAGCUUGAGAAGGAGGUUGAACAGAUUAAAGAAGGAUUCACAUGUGGUAAAGACAAGGUUGUUGAUUUUGUCACCUUUUCAGUCAACUAUGGUUGUUGGACCCAUGAUGAUACUGAAAGUGGAUGGAGCGAGUCAGAUAUUCCCACUUUGCAUGUUGAUAGCGAUACCAAGGGGGGAGAAAGAAUCACACGAGUUUUAAUUGAUACAAAAUCCUCCGUGCGCUGGUCUCUUGCAAUCAAUACCAAGGAGAUAGAAGAUUUCAUUUUGAAAGGAAACUCAGAAGAAUUAAUUCCUUAUGGCAACAAGACUAGUGUCGAUGGAUGGCAUCACAUUCAGUUUUCAGGAGGGAAAGAGUCACCAAGGAAGUUUGAGCUAACUCUUUUCUGGUCAGUAAAAACUAUGCCCUCUGCUGACAAUGUGGAUAGAACGGUUAUACAGGACCAGCGUCCCUUGUUGAAGUUAAGAACAGAUGUUAACCGAUUAACACCAAAAGCUGAGAGAGUUCUUGCAAAACUCCCUACAUGGUGCUCCCUGUUUGGAAAAUCGACAUCUCCCCUCACCUUAGCUUUCUUGAGCAGUCUUCCUGUUAAUUUCUAGGUAAUUGAAUUUCUCUUCCGAGAACUGGGGACGUUUAUUUAUUAAACUCUGUCAGAUUUUUACCUGCUUCUUGAAUCUUUUACACAUAAA